AUCAAUUAUUUCGGAAGCAUCCUUCUAGAUGGCGUUUAAAAACUGUCAAAAAAUAGGUAUAUAUUGGUUAUCCUUGCUGAACAAAAUUUAUUGUUGUUAUCGUGAACUUGUUGUCCGAUAAGAAUUCCAGGCGAAGUUUAACGCAUUUAAUUUCAUGCAAGGCAAAUACCUAUCAGAAGAAAAAUAUAUGGACGAUAUAACUUCUAUCUUCGGUAAACUAAAAUUUUUUAAAUAAAAAUCAAGAGGAAAAUCGUAACUUCGAAUUAGCUGCCUUCUAUGAUGACACUGCAAAUAUCUUGACGACGAAGAUAUCCUUUUUAUUCGUUAUAUUUCUUACAUAUCCUGACUUGAUUACGGUAACCUCAAAUAUGAGUUACAACAAAAAGGUAUCGUACUUUUAUAAUCCUGACGUUGGGAACUUUCAUUAUGGCCCUGGUCAUCCAAUGAAGCCUCAUAGACUUUCUGUGAUCCACAGUCUCGUACUUAAUUAUGGCUUGCAUAAAAAGAUGCAGAUAUACCGUCCCUAUAGAGCCAGCACUCAUGACAUGUGUCGUUUCCAUUCUGACGAGUAUGUAGAGUUUCUACAAAGAGUGACACCACAGAAUUUGCAAGGAUACACGAAGUACCUUAGCCACUUCAAUGUAGGAGAUGACUGUCCUGUCUUCGAAGGACUGUUUGACUUCUGCUCCAUGUACACGGGAGCAUCCUUAGAAGGGGCUACGAAGCUGAACAACAACUGCUGUGACAUAGCCAUCAACUGGAGUGGAGGAUUACACCAUGCAAAGAAGUUUGAAGCAUCCGGUUUCUGUUAUAUCAAUGACAUUGUGAUAGCAAUCUUGGAGUUGUUGAAAUAUCAUGCAAGAGUUCUUUACAUAGAUAUAGACGUUCAUCAUGGUGAUGGAGUCCAGGAGGCAUUCUACCUCACAGACAGGGUAAUGACUGUAUCAUUCCACAAGUAUGGAAACUAUUUCUUUCCUGGAACUGGAGACAUGUAUGAAAUCGGUGCAGAAAGUGGAAGAUAUUACUCUGUGAAUGUACCACUGAAGGAGGGAAUCGAUGACACCUCUUAUGUACAGGUGUUCAAGCCUGUGAUAUCUCAUGUAAUGGAGUUCUUUCAGCCUACAGCAAUUGUGCUCCAAUGUGGUGCAGACUCCCUCGCAAACGAUCGUCUUGGCUGCUUCAGUUUAAGUACGAAAGGACAUGGGGAGUGUGUGAAAUUUGUCAGAGACUUGAACGUUCCUCUGCUCACUGUAGGUGGGGGUGGGUAUACCCUGCGCAAUGUUGCACGUUGUUGGACGUAUGAGACCUCUUUAUUAGUCGAUGAACAAAUAAGCAACGAGUUGCCUUACACAGAGUAUUUAGAAUACUUUGCACCUGAUUUCACCCUGCAUCCCGAUGUUGUCACUAGACAGGAUAACGCCAACAGUAAACAAUACCUGGAAGCAAUCACGAGACAUGUGUAUGAUAAUCUAAAAAUGAUACAACAUUCUCCCAGCGUUCAAAUGCAGGAUGUCCCCUGUGAUGCUCUACCACCUGAAGAGGAGAGGCAGCCAGAGCCUGAUCCGGACUCUAGACAGAAUACACAGGACACUGACAAGAUGGUUGAACCAGCCAAUGAGUAUUAUUCAGGAGAGAAAGAUCAGGAUAAAAUGGACGUGAGCGAAUCGUGAUAAAGAAAUGAAUUAACUACCUAAUGUAAUUGACGUAAAUGACGUUGCCCUAGAACACUAAGGUAGAGAAGUAAAGCAUGAGAUAUAAUAUUAAGUUCAUAAUUGUAAAUACUGUGUAAAUAUACCUUGAGAAACAUUAAAACUAUUUCUUACUUCUA